UCUUGCCCCUUCACAUUCGAGGAUUUCACUCUAGAGUUCUGCCAAAAGCCCAUCUGUAUCUAUUACAGUUUACUUCAUACUUCAGCAGCCAGAGGAACCGUCUUUAAGAUCUCUAGAUUGGAGAUUUCGCUCAAUUGAUUUACAGCAUCGCUCUUACCGAAAUUAAUGGGAAGCUUAUGUAACACGGAAAAGCAUCUUCCGAAUCACCUGAGCUGCAAAUGAGCCAGAAAUGGUCUUGUGCUUCAAAGGAAUGUGACAGCCAUUUAGUCCAAUUGACAAAUGUCCGUGGAAGAAUCCAUGUUCGCAUACUCGAGGGAACAGGAGCCGACCGGUUAAAUCCCCAUCUUGCCCAAUCUGGUUCGAACGCAUUAUUUGUCUCUUUCGAGCUUUUCUGAGAGGAUACUUCAACUUGGGGAUUAGCUUCGCAGUAGAAGAUUGUGUCCAAAAGCAAAACUAAAAGAAAAUAAUCUUCGUCUGAGAAGUUGUUUUCUCGCGGUUAUCGCGUUUCUUAUGAAAGUUUGGGACAUUUUCUGCUUGAAAUCUCUAGUUUUAAUCCUGAAAGCUAUCACGUGUAGCAAUUUGUUUCUAAGUUCUGUAAACUGAAGAGAUCUCUGCUUAUUUCUUAUUCAGUCUUCUUUGGAAAAUUCCGAAAGUUUGAGACAAAUGAAAUUUUAAUGCAUUUGACAAAAACAGUGUCAUUUAUUUUUCUGUAUGAAGAAAACAUAAAAGUUUGAAAGAAAAUAAGCAAAACUGUAUUAGCUCUAGACUGUCGUGUAAUCUUUUUACGUCCGGAAAGAUUUUGAAAUAUUUACUGUUGAGAAAUCGUAUUGUGAUAAGAAUAGUCGAAGGUAUAAUAGAAUAUAACUAAAAGUAGUUAGGUUUGUAUCAGAUUCUAAGAGAAGUAUUUAUUUUCUCUUUGCAUGCCUAUAUAGUUUAAGGAAUUGUUAAGACUUUGUAACAGUGAUAUUUUAGAUGGAACUAGAGUGGUAUUUAUGAAAAAUAGUGGUUUUUAGUCAAGAUCCAACAUAUCACAUUGAGCAAUGGAGGACCAACUUAAAAUCAUAGUCACAGUUCUCUUCCUAACAUCAGUCUGGUAUUAUAGAUGCACAUGUGCUAUGAAUUAUGUGACACCGAGAGAUUGCCAGUGGACGACAGUGAAAGCCCACCAGGUGGAGCCUGGUGUUCUACUAAUAUGUCACGUGAGUGGAGUGAAUACAAUUAUGGAUAGUGCGUAUUUUAGCCCAAUUCAGUCUGCGCGUACAGUGGGACUGACCAUUAUCUGUGAUGACCGCUAUAUGGAAGGACGCCUUACUAACAGUUCCUUAGCGCACCUCAACCAGUUGCAGUCGCUGAGGUUCGAGCGUUGUUCUUUUACCGAAUUAGCAGACGACGCGCUGAAUGGACUAAGCGUAUUAAAGAAUCUCACUGUGCACACUGAUAAGUACGAUGAAGGUCGAUCCACUCUCACUAUUGGACCAUCAACUUUUAUGAAAGUUCGAGAGCUGGAAUAUCUCGAUCUUUCCGGUAACAAUAUCGUCAUGCUUCCCGAAUACCCGUUCUGUGGCCUUAUCAAUCUAAAAAUUCUAAACCUCAGUAAGAACAGUCUGCAAGACGUGAAGCAAUUGGGAUUAGAAGAACGCAAACUGUUUCCUUGUAUUCCAGAACUCCAUAUGCUAGAUUUAUCAUACAACAGACUGAAAUAUUUAACCGAUGAAAUACUGUCGUCGCUGAGAAGGCUAAAGAAUUUGACUUUCAGUGACAAUCAUAUCUCCCAAAUGUCACCCUACGCUUUGAUUGGCCUGCAGAGGCUGCAGUUUAUUGAUCUGUCCAACAACAAAUUGAGUGAAUUCCAUCCACACUUUUUUCAUCAUUCUACGGAACUGAGAGAAAUAUUGCUGCGAAAUAAUUCCAUUGCCGGUUUUCCAUCUGCUCUUUUUAGAUCAUUGUCUCAACUAAUCCAUUUAGAUGUGGCACAUAAUGUUAUAUCAGAAUUGCACUUUUUGCUGGAUUCCUUCAAGAAUCCUAACAGAUUGAGCAUUCUGAACUUGAGUUUCAACAGAAUAAGAAGGAUAGAAGGGACACCUUUUCAAUCUUUAUCAAGUUUGCAAGUUUUGUACUUGAGAGACAACAUCGUAGAAUAUAUCGCCGAAAAAGCAUUCUCGCAUUUGUCUAGUCUGAAAGUUUUAGAUUUAACGAACAAUAAACUUAGAUUAAUCGAGGCUGAUACUUUCAAUGGCCUUGCAAAUCUCCAAGAACUUUUACUUGCCAAUAAUCACAUGGAAUUAAUACACUCGGAUGCAUUUAUGAAUUUAACUCGCCUUCGUUAUUUAAGUUUAACGAACAAUAGCUUGACAUCAUUUCCAGUGGCAAUUAAUAAAAUGGAAUAUUUGCAAGAUUUGGAUUUGUCAUUCAAUUGUAUAUCGAAUAUAACUAAUGAUACUUUUGAGAACUUGAAAAGUCUUAUGGUUUUAGAUUUGAAAAACAACUUAAUUGGAAAUUUGAGUCGAGGAACACUGCGUGAUCAGUAUAUGCUUAAAAUUUUAGAUUUGUCAAGAAACAGAAUACAGGGGUUAGAAAUUGGAAUAUUUGAUGAUGCCCUAGACCUUGAAAGAAUUGAGCUGAAUGAUAAUCUGCUGUCAGACAUCAAUGGUUUAUUUAUGAAUUUACGAAAUUUGAAAGCACUGAAUAUUUCAAGAAAUGAUAUAACGUGGUUUGAUUUUGCAUUAGUACCUGUUGGUUUAAUAAACCUAGAUAUGCAUUCUAAUGAAAUUGAUGGUUUGGGGAACUACUUUGAACUUGAAAAGGUUUUGAAGCUGCGAUACAUGGACGCGUCUUUCAAUAAAAUAAAAGAAAUAACUGCUGAAACCUUUCCUCAUGGCUUGGAGGUAGUUUCUUUGAGAAAUAAUUCUUUGAGCAUCAUAAUGCCUUUUACUUUUAUGAGUAAAACAAAUCUUUCCAUGGUUGAUUUACGGAAUAAUGAUAUUCAAAAUUUAGAUAUAAAUGCUUUGCGCUUGAAGAGUGUGCCGAUUACCAGAAAUCUACCUAUUGUUUUUCUUUCUAACAAUCCAAUCCAUUGUGACUGUACAAUGGAAUGGCUGCAGAGAAUAAAUAACUUAGACGAUAUGAGACAGUAUCCCCAAAUAGUCGAUUUAGAUCAAGUGUUAUGUCACAUGACCUUUCCUAGACAGCAGGAUCUGGUUUCAAUAACGCGGACAAAGUCUAAUGAGUUUUUGUGCAAAUACAGAAGUCACUGUUUUGCCCUCUGCCAUUGCUGUGAAUUUGAUGCUUGCGAUUGCGAAAUGGUGUGCCCCGAAAACUGCACUUGUUAUUCAGAUCAAACAUGGAAUACUAAUAUUGUUGAUUGCAGCUCUAGACGUUAUUCUCGUAUACCUGCUAGGAUACCGAUGGACGUUACGGAUUUAUAUUUAGAUGGAAAUGAUAUGAGCCAAGUGGGAAGUCACUCUUUUAUUGGAAGAAAAAAUAUGAGAAUACUUCAUUUAAACGGCAGCAAUAUUCAUGUCAUCCGAAAUAGGACAUUUAAUGGAUUGCAGAAUUUAAUUAUACUACACCUGGAACAUAAUUAUAUAUCUACUAUUCAAGGCCAUGAGUUUACGAAUUUGACAAAUCUGCAGGAAUUAUACCUAUCCUAUAACCGUUUAACAAACAUAAAAAAUUCUAGUUUUUCUCAUCUGAAAUUCUUGAGAGUUUUACACCUUGAUCAUAACAAUUUAGUGGAUUUUCAAGUUUGGAAUUUGAAUACUAACCACCGUUUAGCGGAAGUAAAGUUGAGUCAUAAUAGCUGGUCAUGUUCAUGUCAGUAUCUUGGAAAUUUCCAAGAGUGGUUAGUGGCUUCUGGAACCUUAGUUUUGGAUCGAGAAAACGUUCGGUGUUAUAAGAACCAGUCAGCAGGACUUUUUGUUCUAGAAUUUAAUUCUUCAGCAUGCUCUAAUCAUAGCGCCUUGACAUAUUACAAAGCCGAAUUUGCAGGUGACUAUAUGCCUAUUAUGAUUAUAGCGCCAUCGAUAUUCAUAUUGCUAAUUUUCAGUUUAGUUCUGUUCUGCGUGUAUAACAGUGAGAUGAAAAUUUGGUUUUAUAGUCGGUAUGGCAUUCGUUUGUUUCAGCGAAACAACCAAGCUGGUGAAAGUGAAAAACUGUUUGAUGCUUUCUUAUCAUAUUGCAAGAAAGAUGAAGCUUUUGUCUCACAGAUGUUAGCACCAGAGUUGGAAGAUGGCACUUACCCACAUAGGCUCUGUCUUCGCUACCGAGAUCUUCCGAUGGCAGAAUAUGUUGCCGAAGCAAUCUCGGAGGCCAUCGAGUGCAGUCGGUGUACUGUCGCUGUUAUAUCUGAACAAUAUUUAAAAAGCGAAUGGUGCAUUUAUGAAUUGAAAGCAGCUCAUCACGAGAGCCAGUGUAACCGACGUCACCGGGUUGUCGUUGUCCUCCUGGACAAGAUCAGUUUCAAGGAACUGGAACCUGAUGUCCGGAUUUGUUUGAGGUCCGCAUCUUUAGUCCACUGGGGAGAUCGUAGGUUCUGGGAAAAACUUCGGUUUGCAAUGCCUGAACCCAGACUCCACAAGGACAGUGUCAGUUGUAAGGAUUUCAAAACAUCCUCUCUUAGGAGGUCUUCCAUUUCAAACUCAGUGAAACUCGUAUGAUGAGAAGAAGUCCUUUAAACUGAACUUGAUGAUAUGUCUGUGAUAUGCAUAAAUGUUCGUACGCAUUAGCUUAGUUGCUUAGUUUAUGUUCGUUGUGCUUUAAUUUACAUAAAUAAUGAUCUUCAUUAUAAUGCUGAUUUUGUCAUUUUAAUUCAUAUUUUGUCAUACCUUAAAAUAUGAAACUUAUGAUCCUAGGUGAAUGUUUCGAAUGUGUCAUGUGCUAAGUUGUUAAAAAUAUAGUCUCCUUUUAUGGAGUUAGUCCUAUAAAAACGUUGUUGUAAAUAAAUGUUCCCUAUAAUAUUUAGGACACUUACUCCUAUCAUAUUAAUAUAUAGGGUAAGUUUGCAAAAUAACUGUAAAAUUGUCUUUUAAAAACAAGUGAAAAUAAAAUUCAUUUUUGGUA